AUGUACCAACCGUUCUUCUUCGGGGCGACACCCCAAUCAUCCAUUUCAUCUAGCCAAGAUUUCAACUUCAGGGCUAUCAUUCCUACAGUGGAAGUUGCGGAUGAAGAUGCUCCUUCGUCCAUAGGAGGCGAGCGAACUCCUUCUAUGUCUGACUCGGAAGAUUCCAGUCACCGCGUAUACACCCCAAGUCGGAGCACGGCGACUCCACGCUACCGUGAAAGUCAAAGCGUAGGCGUCAUCGAGUCUCUCCGGGCUUUGAAUUUUCAGGAAACUCCUCCAAGCCCAUCGCACCGAUCGCGCUCAUGGCGGAGUGAUGCUCGGGGAGAAAGCACUGGUUUGUCCCCAGGCAGAUCUACAUCCACAUACGCAGGCUUGUUUAAUGCGACUCCGGAACCCACGCCAGAGCCAUCACGCACACGACUCAUUUCGCAUCGCGAUGAGACUGUUGACGACUUAGCGAACGACCUAGGGAAUUCUCACCUGCAAAAUGGUGAGCCCCACACGGACAGUGAUCAAAGCAGUGAGAGCAAUGAUGAAGAAUCCGACAGCGAUGAUUCUUCAUUGUACAAUAUGAGAUCUGAACGACUGCCUCGCGCCCGUAUAUACAAUACUGGCUUACAGAAUAUCCUGCGAGACGUCAAAAACCAGCUGUCAGCCCUCCACGCUGAUAUGGGCCGGUAUCCAUUGUCUCAUGACACUAGCUCUGAUCUCUUUCAGGUACGCGAGAAAGUACGCGUGUUGAACGAGCAGGAGUCUCCAGAGGCACGCACUGUGGGGUUUAUUGGCAACUCCGGAGUCGGCAAGAGCAGGCUUAUAAACUCACUACUAGACCAAGAGGGUCUCGCCCGUUCGAGUGGCGAUGGUGCAGCAUGUACUUCAGUAGUAACUGAGUUUCGACAUACGGAUGCGCGCCGUCCAAAUCGGUACACCAUCGAAAUCGACUACAUGGACCAGCAAGAAGUGAAAGAACUGCUAGAGGAGCUUGUCCAGAGUUUUAGAAUGUACUACACUGAUCUCUAUCGUGAAGUCACUAGUAUAGAAGAACAGGAGAAGAUUCGUGACCGUUCAAGCAGAGCAUGGAGUACACUAAAUUCAUUGUUCAAGGACCAGCCAGACCUCACACACGAGUUCCUUUCUAACCAGGCCGAUGGAGCAUUACCAAGAAUACUAGAGCAACUUGGAGAAUGGGCAACUCUGUCAUGUACGCGACGCCCUGGAGGCUCGGUGCUUCAGCACACUAUUGUUCCAGAUGAUGCUCAGGCAUGUAGGUCUCAUCUUGAUAUGCUUACGAUGGAUCCACACGAUGCGACGGAGAUUGCUGUUUGGCCAUUCAUCAAGCUAAUCAAGCAAGAUAAAGAAGACGCAGAACUCGAUCUCGACCGAUUCCUAAUCGAGAGCCGGAACCAAAGGGUCUCAGCACAGCUCCUUCAGAACCACGGUGAUGGGGUCCGAGUAUUUUGCAUCAGCAAUGAACUGUAUUCGAAACACCGCCAGAGUGGAAUGAGACACGCCGACACCUAUAUCGAACUUAGCGGUAUCCGGGAGCUUCGACGCUAUUGUCAACUAGUCCCGGCGGAGGCCCAGUUUCGGUUCGUCGCUGCGUUUAUAGAGCAUCGUGUACCCGCAGUGGUGAGAUCCGUGAAACAAUGGACCCUUGCUGGUUCGGACAAUGUUACCGUGGAGAGAGCUAACGCCCUCCGGCAAACCAUGCUGGACGUGGAAAGUGUCUUUCGUGAGCGGCUUAUAUUGCGAACUUCAGAAGCUCGAAAGUUUCCAAGAAGACUUGAAGAUCGGUUCCGUGAAGAUAUCGUCAGCCUGACAAGUGAGGGCUGUUCUAGAUGGAAAAGCAGUGCACUACAAGCUAGCACCAUUUGGGCCGGGUGGCAUUAUAGCACAUAUGCUGCCUUCUGUCGAAAUUAUGGAACAUAUUCAACACGCGCUGCUCGCGGUUAUCAUUGUUGGAACGACGAAUUGCUGAAAGGUAUGCAAACUGAUCUGGAAGAAAGAUGGGUAUCUAUAGAAGAAUGGGUCUAUAUGCAGAAAGCAGCAUUGGGAGAGAUUGUAAGAAACACAUUCCAAGAGAGCUCGGCCCAAAUUGGGAAUAUUCUGCACCUGGCUCCUUUGGCUCUGGGCAAUCUUAUCGACAACAUGAGUGACUGGGAAAGCUGUGUGGUUGCAGCUGUUAACCAGUCUCUGGACAAUUUAAUUCAAGGGCUAAGAUCUGGGAUUUUCCGAAAUCUCGUCAAUAUCAGUGAAGAGAGUCGCCGAUCUGUUGUCGAGGAAAGUUGUCGGGAUCUACGACAAAAGUUAGAGGAAGAAGUAGGACAUAUAUGCAACGAUCUUCAUAGUAUCGUUGCGGAGGAGGGUGAGGUUACUGAGGCAAGGAGGUUCCCAGAGGUCGCUAGUAUGCUGCAACGCAAGGCCCAGACGGCUCAAGAAACCCUCGAACGGGCACAAAGAAUUGUAAAUGAGUUGAAGAAUGCGCCGGAAUGA